UUCUUCUCCUUCGCAUUAUUUGAGAGUUGGCUGGACCUAUACCGGCGAUCGCAGUGCGGUGCAUUUUUCUUAUUGACGGCCGUUGAAUUUUCGCUUCUAAUCAAACCUUUUAUUCGACUUUAUUGAUUUUGCAAUUGUUAUUGAUAUUAUUCGGAUCGGAGACCUGAAGGCAGAGAAGUCAUCAUGUUUGGAAAGACACGUCUCCCGGUGUACGCACCGUCGGCGGACCAGCUGGUACGCCGUCAAUAUGUCGAGGAGAAUGGUCGUUAUGUCUGGUUCUGGUAUACUCGGACAGGCGUUAUCGUCAAGUGGUCUCUAUUUCUCGGUAUCACCAUCCUACUAGCGCUGUACCUCAUCCUCGGACGCAUGCACGCCAAGAAGCGCGUGAAUAGAGGAAUGAAGCCGAUGGCGUACCACGGCUGGCUACUCUCCCGCCAAGAAAGAGCCGGCGUCGACCCACGCUACGCAUGGCCCCAAUCUUCAUAUACCAACUACCCGGCGCCGGGUUACGGACCGCCUCCGGGUGGUGCAUACGGCAUGCACGCGAUGCCCCCUCCAGUCUACGACCCGAACAACCGCCCACCAAUGUACGAGGGAGGCCCGCCGCCGUUCGGAGGCACCAAGGUCGAUCCUAUGCAGACCGGCGUCACUGCACCUACCGGGGGCGACUAUGCGCCACCUCCCGGACCACCUCCGGCUGCGCAACGAUAGAUGAUGAUCGGGCGACGACGGAGGUGCGGAUGGGAAUGAGGAUAGGAAAAGGGUGGGGUUGGCGUGUACGAUGAAUGGACGACCUAUGGAUGUGUUACACUAGAAGCCUAUUAAGCUGCUAAGUAAGCCUGUAGUACAGGACAGAGCAAGCAGGCUGGGCAAAAAAAACAUGGAUGAGCUGUUGUGCUGUACGAUUCAGGGCCAGAAUG